AUGAGUCUAGACAUCAUGGGGCAGCCUCUGAGGCAGAAGAGAAGCAAAUCAAAUAUCCCAAGAACCAAGUGGGAGAUGAUUCCUUACGUUCACCUUUCAGCCUUAGAGGAACUUCUCCUUAGCAAACUCAGUGUAUCAAACGCUACCUCAGCCAGCCUGUCACUCGCCUGGGAGGCACAGGACAAGGCCUUUGACCACUUUAUUCUGGAAGUCAGGAACUCUGACUUCCCCUUGGACUCCCUGGUGCUCACAGUGCCAGGGGACUCUCGGCACUCUGUAGUGACCAACCUCAAAGCUGCCACUAAUUACACAGUCCAGCUCCAUGGGGUAAUUGAUGGGCAAGGUGGGCAGACCUUGACAGCCAUGGCAACCACAGAGGCUGAGCCACAGCUGGGCACUCUGGCCCUCACAAACGUUACCCCUGACAGCUUCAACCUGUCCUGGACCACCCGAGCCGGGCCCUUUGCCACGUUUGUUAUCAAAAUCCAAGAUUCCCUGGCGGCACAGGAAGCCCAGGAGCUGACGGUGCCGGGGGGCGCCCGCAGCGCCCACAUCUCAGGGCUCACAGAUCACACUGCCUAUGACAUUCACAUUCAGGGCACCACCAGGGCAGGUGUCCACACAGAGCCCCUCACUGCUUUUGUCACCACAGAGGCCAUGCCCCCACUGGAAAACCUUACAGUGUCAGAUGUGAACCCCUAUGGGUUCACAGUGUCCUGGAUGGCAUCGGAGAAUGCCUUUGACAACUUUCUAGUAGUCGUGGUGGAUUCUGGCAAGCUGCUGGACCCACAGGAGUUCCUCCUUUCGGGAGCCCAGAGGGAGCUGAAGCUCAAAGGCCUAAUUACUGGCAUUGGCUAUGAGGUUUUGCUUUAUGGGUUUGCCAAGGGGCACCAAACAAAGCCCCUGAGCGCUCUGGCUGUUACAGGUAUUUCAAUGUACCUCUAA